CUCUGGGACGCGGCGACGGGCGCGUGCCUGCAAACGCUCGAGGGGCAUAACAACUCGGUCUUUUCUGUCGCGUUCUCGCCCGACGGCCAAAGGCUCGCGUCGGCCUCUUGGGACGAGACCGUCAAGCUUUGGGACGCGGCGACGGGCGCGUGCCUGCAAACGCUCAAGGGGCACAGCGACUGGGUCAGGUCUGUCGCGUUCUCGCCCGACGGCCAAAGGCUCGCGUCGGGCUCUGACGACAAGACCGUCAAGCUUUGGGACGCGGCGACGGGCGCGUGCCUGACGACGCUCGAGGGCAAUCGGCUGCUGGCACAGCAGCGGUUCAAGCUCAUUCACAACAUCAAGAUUUUGAAGCAGGAUUGA